AUGAGAAUGAAAAGAAUUCAUAUUUUGUUGCUUGUAAUAUUUUUGUUAUGUUUGCGGUAUGGAUAUAGUAUUAAGAAGAAGCGCAGUCCUAAUAACAAGAAUAGGCUUUUUAUAAAUAAGAGAUUGAAAUAUAUAAAUAGUAAGAUAAUAAGUAGAAGAAAAGAAAAUUAUGUAAAGAUGAAAAUGACAGAGAAUAAAGUGAAGGGUAAAGACAUAAUAUAUGGAAAUGAGUGUCGAAAUGAAUUAUUAAAAGGAAUAUUAACAGUAUCAGAUGUUGUGAAAUUAACAUUAGGUCCAAGAGGGAGAAAUGUAUUAUUAGAAAAAGAAUAUGGAAGUCCAUUAAUAAUAAAUGAUGGAGUAACAAUAGCAAAAAAUAUAUCUUUAAAAGAUCGAAAGAAAAAUAAUGGUGUAAAAUUAAUGCAAGAAAGUACAAAUAUAUCAAAUGAUAAAGCAGGUGAUGGUACAAGUUCAACAGCAUUAAUGACAGCAACAAUUACCAAAAAAGGUAUUGAACAAGUUAAUAGAAAUCACAACCCUAUUCCUAUACAAAGAGGUAUACAAUUAGCCUCAAAAAUGAUUAUUGAAAAAAUUAAAUCUUUAUCUACACCUAUAAAAACAUAUAAAGAUAUACUUAAUAUAGCAACCAUAGCAAGUAAUAAUGAUGUACAUAUGGGACAAAUUAUUGCUAAUGCUUAUGAUAAAUUAGGAAAAAAUGCAGCCAUCAUAUUAGAUGAUAAUGCUGAUAUUAAUGACAAAUUAGAAUUUACUGAAGGUUAUAAUUUUGAUAGAGGAAUUAUUAAUCCAUAUCUUUUAUAUAAUGAAAAUAAGGAUUAUAUUGAAUAUUCUAAUGUAUCCACUUUAAUAACAGAUCAAAAUAUUGAUAAUAUUCAAUCCAUUUUACCAAUUCUUGAAAUAUUCGCUAAAAAUAAACAACCAUUGUGUAUUAUAGCUGAUGAUUUUAGUAAUGAAGUCUUGCAGACCUUGAUCAUAAACAAGUUAAAGGGCGCAAUAAAAGUGGUUCCUAUAAGAGCUCCAUCAUUUGGUGAUAGAAGAAAAGACUAUCUAAAAGAUUUAUGUAUUGUAACUAACAGUAAAUACAUUAGCGCAGAUGUCGGUUUAGAUUUAAACAAUUUGCAUAACAACAUGAGCAGCUUUGAUAAUAACUAUCUGUCUUUAUUAGGAAGUGCAAAUACACUGAUAGUAAAGAAAGAUAGGACUAGUUUGAUAACAAAAGAGGAAUAUAAAAAAGAGAUAGAUGAACGUAUAAAUGUAUUAAAAAAGGAAUAUGAAGAAACCACUUCAAAAUAUGAUAAAGAGAAAUUAAAUGAACGUAUAGCAGCUUUAUCAGGUGGUAUUGCUAAAAUAUUAAUAGGUGGUAAUUCAGAGACUGAACAAAAAGAAAGAAAAUUUAAAUAUGAAGAUGCAACAAAUGCUGUAAAAAGUGCAAUAGAUAUUGGAUAUGUACCAGGAGGUGGUGUUACUUAUUUAGAAAUUAUAAAAUCUAAUUUCAUACAAGAAAUACAUAAAAAAAUUGAAGAAGAUCUUCAAAUAAGUUCAAAUAAUGACGAAAAGAAAUAUCUUGAACUAAUAGGAAAUUUAGAAUCUGAAAUGGAAUUACAAAAAAUGGGGGCUAAUAUAGUAGUUAGUAGCUUAGAUGUAAUAACGAAGCAAAUCGCUGACAACGCAGGAGUUAAUGGAGACAAUGUUGUCAAAAUUAUAUUAAAUUCCAAAGAUAAAUAUGGGUUCGGUUAUGAUGUUAACACAAACAAAUUUGUUAAUAUGGUAGAAAAAGGAAUAAUUGAUAGUACCAAUGUUAUUAUAAGUGUUAUUAAAAAUAGUUGUAGUAUUGCUAGUAUGGUAUUAACUACUGAAUGUAUGAUGGUAGAUCAUGAAAAAAAAGAUAAAGGUAUUUUAGAUUCUUCUAUUAACUCACCAAAUUAUUUAAGUAAACAUAGAAGAACUUAUAAACAUAAACUACAUGAUGAUGAAGAUACUGAUGAAGACGAUGAAGAAGAUGAAGACGAUGAAGAUGAUGAAGAUGAUGAAGAUGAUGAUGAUUAUGAUGAUGAAGAUGAGGAAGAUGAGGAAGAUGAAGAAGAUGAAGAUGAUGAAGAUGAUGAAGAUUCUAUGAAUGACGGAUACAAUUAUGAUGAAUAA